AUGGCCUGCAGUUGCGAAGCUUGUGAGCCCUGCAGGGACGCAGAAGCUGUCGACGUUGAGCGAAGGGAGACUCAAGAAAUGAUCUCGAUUGAGGCGCUUCCGUCGGAGGAGGAGUAUACUCGACAUCACACUUCUCAGGAUUCUGCGCUCCAUCAUGGUCGAUGGACUGAGGAGCACGAAGCCCCAAUCACCCAUCAUCUCCAGCGGAUGUCCACUGACAUCAGCGACACCGGCUUGAAAGUAGAGGGAGACUUCAUACGCGCCAUCACUAUGCGCAGAUCUUUGCGACAAUGGGGAUGGAUCUGGCGACGGCCGAUGCUGCCAAUGUCGGAUGAAGAUCGCUUGGCGCUGUUCCAGCUGUCGAAGCCAUCCAAAGGCUAUGACAGCUUCCUGUCGCACUCAUGGCAGACCUGGGGUGGCUGGAAGUAUUUUAGCCUCGUCCUGUACUCUUGCAGACGUUGGCUGCUGGCUUGGUGGUUUGUGUGGAUCGUGCUCGCUUUCCUGAUGUCUUUGUGCUUCGACUUGCCUACGUACGGUAAAGUAAGCCCGGAGACGCCCGGGUUUUGGUGCCGCUGCCCCACGGGGCCAUGGGUGAAGGUGAGUGGUUUGCUCUCCAUCGUCACUGGCUUGCUGUUGGCACCCUAUGCCCCUGACUGCUUGAGCCAAGCAGAUAGCUGCUUCAUGGACGCCGCAUGCAUCCACCAAGCCGACGCACGGCUCAAAGAGCAAGGCAUCUACUCCAUCGGCGGCUUCCUCAGCCUCUCCCGCGAGAUGAGAGUGCUGUGGAGUCCGCCCUACAUGUCAAGGCUUUGGUGCAUCUUCGAGCUCGCAGCCUUUCGCAAGCGAAACCCCACGGGCAAGCUGGUCAUUGCUCCCCUUUUCGUUGAGCAUGCGGUCUUGAUUGGAAUCUUAGGAGCGUAUGCAGCUGCAGGAGCACUCUUGCUCAGCACAUCGCUUACUGGCAUGUCCGAACUGUCCUUCUUCGUUUCGCUGAGCCCGGUACUCUUCAUGAUCCACUAUCUGCGCCGUACUGCCGAGGCGAAGGACAAGCUCAUCCAUGAUUUGCAGCACUUCACAUUGGCGGGCGCCCAGUGUAGCUUGGAGGCAGACCGACACUUCAUCCUCCGAGCCAUUAGGCGCUGGUAUGGGAGCACCCGCGCCUUUGAGGAGCAUGUGCGAGGUCCUCUGCGGGAGGAGUUGCUGCAGUCAGCGACCAAGAUCUCCACGACAUACGUCGUGCUGUUGGCCUCUGCAGCCACGGCGGCAAUCCUCGAGGACCACCUGGCGCUGUGGAGGGGUGGCGUUCCCUUCUUGGACGCGUUGGCGCACUUCAUGGGGUUUGUGCUGGGCAGCUAUACGUUCUGGGCAGCCAUGUGCUUCCGAGCUGUCAUCUCACUUUCCUUUGCCACCUCCAGGCGACGAUGGAUAGUGCUGGACUACAUCAUAACCUUAUCCAUUCAUGUGCUCUUCUGCUGCAUGGCGGUCCUCGGCAACAUGGUUGCGCAAGAG